AUGCAUCCGAACGAUCCCAGUCCGUUCGCCACACCUACCUCUACUCUGAAAAAGCGCAAAAGGGAUGGGACGACGUGGAAUAAUGAGAAUCUGUCGACGGAGCACACCGGCUUCAUGAUCCAUCAGGGUCAGCUGGACUGCCAUCACGAUGUCGAUCACGAUAUGGACCUGAACCUGAGUCCGAUCUCGACUCCCGGCCGCGAUUGCAGCCGAUCCCCCCGAAAAAACGACCGGAUUCUACAACCAUCGCAGCAGCAGCAGCAGCAGCAACAAUCCCCUAAUCCUUCCUCGCGAUCACCGUCACCACCACCGCUUCCAAACGGCCAGAGCAGAAAGCCUCAGCCUCCUUCCCUACUCAUCCCCCCCUCCUACACCUCCUCUAACUCAGCCGCUUUGAAAGCCAGUCCCGAGGUCUCCCCCCGGACGGUCUCGCCACUGCCCCCGCCGCUCCUCCGUCCGUGCCACAUCUGUCACCGACGGCCGACGACCCGCGUGAUGCUCGACGCGUAUGCAGACUGCGAGCUCUGUGGCGAACGAGCGUGCUAUAUCUGUCUGCGGGAAUGCAAUGCGGUCGGAUGCGGGUCGACGUCAUCGUCAGCAACAGCAGCAACAUGGUCAGGACCAACAACCCCUGAAGGAGGAGGGGGAGGAGGAGGAGGCGGCGGAGGCAGUAGCGGAGGAGAAAUCACAAUCAAAAACGGCUAUCUCUACGCACGACAGGAUCAACAACAACAGCAGGAGCAGCAAGGCCAACACCGCCAACGAAAAAUCUGCUCCUGCUGCGCCGUCGAAGGACUAACCGAAACCGGAGACGAGAUCGUCUGGUGUUUGGACUGCGUUCGAGGACGGUAUCCGUCGUGGGAGUGA